AUGAAACACUCUCCGGAAGAAGAUCGUUCAACUUGCUUUUACCGCGAAGAAGAAGAAGACUGCAAAGAGCGUUUUCCGACGAUGAAAUUGUUUUGCCAGCAUAUGAAGAGCAACCAUCGUCAGAGAAACUCCAGUGGCAUUCGAAGUGAAACGGAGACGAAUGAUAUCCCCAAGUGGUCUCGAACCGUUAAGAGAACGAGGAGGCAAACAGCAGCGGGAUAUGAGUUUUCGAGAGUCUACUAUGGAUCUUUAGUGUUGCCUCAACUAGAAGAAGGAGAAGAUUCGGGUUCGACCCAAAAGAAGCAGAAGACCGGAGAUACCAGGCGGAAUCGAGGUGCGUUAAUGGCGUUCUCUGAAUCGGGUGAUAAUUAUGAGUGCGAAUCCAUCUCCAGCCGUGGAAGAAUGUUGAAGAACCCUAGACCAGGGAAGGCCGUGAAAAGUGUGCACCGAUGUGAGAUUUGUGGCAACCUGUUUGGAACCGGUCAAGCACUCGGCGGCCACAAAACGUCUCAUCGGGUGAAGGUGUGGUGA